AGGCACUAAUGUGAUCACACAAGAAAGUCACCGGUAUACGAGCACAGAGGGCGCAUUUUUAUUUUUCGAAAACUCUAUACAACAGAAACAUGAAUUACAGUUAAACAUGCUUACGGUAUGUUUUAUAUUAUACGGUUUAUCACUGUUUACUAACACGACUAUCCCUAGAUACGUUGCUAGCUUACGUUAGCAACUGCCUAUCGUCACUGCGUCUAUUAUCUAACGUUGCCUCAAAAUACAGGCACCUCUUUCAAUCAUUUUCUGUGAAACCUUUUCAACAUACUCGUCUUUUAAAACAGUCUACAAAUGGCAAGGAGCGUCGGUCGAAUAUGUAAGGGCUUUCAACGCCUAGGCUUACUCUCUAAACAAACUCAACUCGUCCCAUUUACCAGAGUUCCAGUUGGGACUGCACGGACCAUAGUGACACUGCCAUCAUUCCUAUUCCCCCAGCCCCGGGACUUCAGCCUGCCUAACCCCUCAUGGGGCUCAGAAAUGACGCGCAUGUACGAGCAUUAUGAAAGCCAGUGUGAGGUGGAGACGGAGGGAGGACAGAAACAGAAAGGGCCGUGGCGGAGACUGCCAAGCUACAAUCGCCUCCUCAAAUAUGCUACAGGUGGAGUAUAUCUUAGUAAGAUGAUCCAGUCAGAGGCUCGCCUGUUUACGCGGAACAUCAGAAACCCGGGGGCAGCAUUUGAGUAUGUUUUGUUUAUUAACAAAGAAGAGCAGAAGUGUGUGUGCAUACUCCAAGCUGGACACCUUUUGGAGGGGCCGCCAGGACAUGUCCAUGGGGGGGCAAUAGCCACUAUGAUUGAUACUGUCACAGGGACUCAUGCUACCUUCCUCUCUGGACCUGUUAUGACUGCCAACCUCAACAUCAACUACCGCAGGCCCAUCCCACUGGGAGGCACAGUGUUGCUUGAAUCCUCUCUGGAAAAGAAGGAAGGCCGAAAAACAUUUAUUACAUGUAGAGUGACAAGCACAGACGGUUCCAAACUUCACACAGAAACAUCAGCACUGUUCCUGUCAAUCACUGCCAGCCAUCUACUGGGAGGCUGACACAAACACACCGGCCUACCACAGAUCCUAACACUGAGGACACAACGAGCGCGCGCGCGUGUGUGUGUGUGUGUGAAUGCGUUAGUGGGUGAGUGCGUGUGUCUGUACGUGUGUCAUUGGUUUGGAGUAUUUUUUGGGGAAUGUGUACUUACUUGCCAGUUAUUUAAGAAAUAGCUUCUCUACAUAUGAUAUUGUUGAACUGUUAUUAUAUCUUUAUAUUCAUACAUCUCCACUGGUCAGUAUGUAUUUAUAAACAAGCUGUGCAGCUUCAUGAAAAAUACCUUUAGACCUCCAGAGUACAUAUCUAAACAUUAUUUAUUGAACUGAUUGUGUUAGGGGCUAUUUAUUGUAACUUUUACAGUAUUGAUUAUGAUUUUAUCCAACAUUGAAGCCUUACAGUAACUUUUACAGUAUUGAUUAUGAUUUUAUCUGACAAUGAAGCCUUUGAAAGUGAUAUUAUUGCUCAAAACAUAGUGAUUAUGAAGAUUUUCUUUCCUCCAAUAAAGCCUUACCUAUUGUUACUAUA